AUGGCAGCCUCCGCAAACGUGAUUGUAUUUGGUGCAGCUGGCGAUAUUGGCUCUGCGACGGCCCUGGCGGCCUACCAACAAGGGGCAAAAGUGACUCUGGCCAUGCGCGAUACCUCAAAAACUAUCCCGAGACUCAAAGGCAUUGUUGCGGAGCGAGUCCAGGCGGACCUUACAAAGCCUGAGACCAUCGACACCGCCGUUCGACAGAGUGGGGCCAAAGCUGCCUUUAUCUAUGCUUGCACAGGAAACUCCGAAAGUAAUGGUCUGUAUGAUAGCAUCAUGGCGCUAAAGGAAGCGGGAAUCGAGUCCGUUGUGCUGCUGAGCAGCUACACAGUGGGUGAUAGCCCGCAAAAUCGAACACCAGAUGAAUACGCCGCGUGGUUUCCUGCGCAAGUUGAGAUCUCGCUGGAAAAGGUGUUUGGCAAAGAUCACUAUGCAGCUGUCCGACCGGCCUACUUUGCUAGCAAUAUUCUCUGGCUGAGAGAGGGCAUCCUGAUGGGAGAAGUGCACCAUCCCAAUCCUGGUGGGGAACACGAUUGGAUCGCGCCGGAGGACAUUGGUCAAGUGUGCGGGAUGAUCCUGUCUCAUGGCAUCAAGGAGAACCCUGUUCUGAUGUUGGGAGCCGAGCCAAUGACAUUCCAGGACGCCAUCGCCGUUGUCUCGAGGGUCCUGGGCAAAGAUGUCAAGGUGACCCAAAUUUCUCGAGAGAGCGCGUUGGAGAAUAUGAAAGUUGGGGCUGAAGAGAUCUUUGCGAACUGGUAUAUCAAGUACAUAACGGACGACGCAGGGUAUGAGUUCCGACACCCGGCCGCGGCGAAAGCUGCAGGGACUGUGUUGAAAUAUACUGGCAAGAAUCCACGGUCGUUCCAACAAUGGAUGGAGGAAAACAAGACGAAAUUUUAG